AUGGUUGGGCGCAAGAGGAACCGAACAAUGAUGCAGAUCCUGGAGAUGAAAAUUGUGCUUGCCUAUUAUAAUUUCCAUCUCACGACCCCUCGAACUAAUCCCGGUUUCGCUAAUGUCUACUGCGCUGUCGACGUCGAAAUCGAAGGAGAAACGCUGUCUCCUGAUAACGUCACGAUAUCCAUUGGUCAAAAUCUCUCCUCGUCGAAACCGAUUUCCUUCUCAUCAACGAAUCUUGACGGUGAAUUCCGUAAUAAUAGUUUCCUUCUUGACAAUGUGAACGAAGAUGACCGAAUCUUCUGCUACGCAGGUGAACUGCCGGACAAAGAUGGAUCAUUUUCACUGGCUACUUUUUCUCCUGUCUUAGAUUUUUACGCUUUACCAGAGCUACCAUCCGGCCCAACUGUCGGAGAGAUCAGCACGUCAUCAUCAGUCACUGUCUCCUGGAGCUCUUGGAUACCUUUUCUGGACUCCGGCGACGGACCAGUUGUUGGUUACCUUAUCUAUCAGCAAACUAAGGAAGAGGAAUGGACAGUGGUUGGUAGCAUCGACUCGAGUGCGGGAGAGGGCGAUCUUCAACGAAUAAUGGAAUUUGUAUUGACUGAGUUGGAACUAGGAACAGAAUACAAUGUUAGUGUAUCUGCCGUCCGAGAAGGUCUCGGCGGAGAAGGACCAAGAAGUCCACUUGUGACUGUUACGACUCCUACCCUCGAGAGUCGGCACCUAAAGGAAAAUACUGCUGUGUGGAUGAUGGUUUUAUUGGUGAUAUCAUUCUUGGGAAACAUCAUACUUGCUAUUGCCAUGGUGAUUUUAUGCAAGCGGAAGCAGAAGAAGGAGGACAUGACUCGUGUACGUGUUGACCCAGGAGGAGCAGGCGAUCCACAGAACCAUGAUUACGAGCUGCCUCAACCGAGUGCAGUCAGGCAACAUGCCUACCAGGGCUUCAGAGGAAUGGGGAUCAGCAACAUCCAAGAAGGGGUUUACUCUGACAUCGAUGAUCCAGAGAAAUUGGAAUACGUAGAUAUGUCAUCUGGAGUUCGAAAGUAGUUAUUCAGUUUGCACGUGAGGCGUCAU